AUGCCGCUUCAGAAGUCAUAUUCUGAGAGUAUAGGCUUGUCGAAGAACCGCGGUCCGUGGCAACGAUCACACAGCCAUCCUGCCAAUUUACAGGCACAAAGACCAAGACCGUUACCACCUGUUUCCGAUGUUACGAAGAAAAAACUUAGCAGGUUCCAAUAUAGACCUGCCGAAGAUGAGUCUGUAGCUUCCGCUCCGGGUGAGGCCAGUGGUACACCCACCAAGCCCCAGGACGCCGCAGUUGCAAGAGCUGGCGUAGUGGGAAACGCUGCCACACCGGUGACUCGGUUGAACUGGAGAGACUUGCUUGAGCCGAAUGCAGCCCCAGCGGAGAAUGAGGCCGAUAUUUCUUCCCCAAACGACAAGCUGCUUUGGAAUAACCAGCAAGACACGCUGUAUGCAGCAGCGUUAUCGCCGAUGAUGAACCGGAAGGGCAGAAAACGUGCCCGAAGCUCCUCGCCUAUAUCAUCGCCGGCUACGGACAAGGGGGGUUUGCCAGCAGUCAAUGUCGACAAGUUGAGAACGGCUCUUCGAUCACCCCGCGUUGAUCCAACCGUGGAACUGUGGGAUCGAUAUUCGCUGAAUGGAUCGGAAAACAUAACCACGCCUAACGGAGCCAUGAAUCCUUCGCUGGCACAGCUCACGGUUUCAUCAUCACCAAAACCAUCGAAGGACAUGUCUGCUCGUCGAGGCGACGCCAACUUGCGGAGGGCAAUAAGCUGUGGUUUAAAUUGGCCAAAGAGAAGGAAAGUAGAGAGAUCUAAAUCGGGAAGUCAAAGCAGUAGUCAGCAGCGGGAGAUGGAAGCAGCAUCGAAAUCGUCUCUAGUCACAGCAUUAUUAGACACAGUCACGGGCACCAUUAACGAGCCAGGCCCCAGUCGGGCUCAGGAGCAGCUCAUGAGAUCGCCGUCACCAAAGAAGAGAAAGCGGUCGCCGGAAAGAAUGGAGACGCCGCGACGCGCGGAGAAAUCAGCUGAGCCGUCAUCUUCAUCUUCCGACUAUGGUGAUGAUUUCGAUGACGAUGUUUUCGUGGAACUGGAAGCGAGCAUGCAAGCCACAGGCACUACUAACACUCCACUACCAGACAAGAUCGAUCAAGGCCAGCCGGGUCGACGGAACCAUGACGGGAAAAGCCAAAGUGUCAUAGACCUGGUCGAGGAAUUCAACGACAUGGAUGAUGAUGAUAGCGUUUGUGACAACAUUGUGCAAUCACGACAAGCUCUUGGAAUUUCAACGCCCAAGAGACAUUCCAAGAACCUCCCGGCUGCGAAACUUGAAGAGAGUCCUGGUGAUGAAUUUGGUAACGACCUAGAUGGGGAUAUCGACUUCGAUGCCGUGGAACUGGCCGCGACUCAAUCGAUACAACAACUAGAGCCGCCGUCCAAAAGUAGACAACAAAAGGCAAAAACAAUCCAGCGAUAUUUAGUGACAGGUGUUCUAGACGGUGAUUUCGUUGAUAAAUAUCGCCUAACUUCAAAUCAGAUUCUCAUUAUUCAAGCCGAUAAUUCGAAAGUCACCAGGACGGUACAUCUUCGGGGUGCUUGGUUCGAAACACCUGCACACACCAAUUCUUACGUCCACGUUAUUGGCUCUUUUUCAGCUCGCGGCCAGUGCAUUAUUGAUGAUGCACAAAACCUUUUGAUACUGCACCCAGAUCAACUUAUUUCAUCCACGGUUGUUGCGGACUCGUUCGGCUGCAUGCGUCGAGCGGUACUGCAAGAUCGUGUUAAGGCUACCAGCGAGGCUUCUCCCCCCCUUGUCUAUGGCACAAUGCUUCAUGAGAUAUUUCAAGAGGCUCUAAUGGCAAACCAGUGGGAUUUGCCAUUCCUUGGCUGCAUAAUUGACAAAAUCACCGAAAAUCACGUGGAAGACUUGUAUACGAUUAAAGUUGGGUUACCAAGCGCCAAAGAGCAUCUCCUAUCAAAAAUGACCGAGUUGAGUUACUGGGCAAAGGCCUUUGUCGCGCCAAAACCACAGGAUGAUGCGGUCGUGGAAGAUCGGAAUGGGAAGAAAGCAAACAUGGCGAUCACAAAGCUACUCGAUGUCGAAGAGCAUGUCUGGUCGCCUAUGUAUGGACUUAAAGGCAACAUAGAUGCCACUGUUGAAGUCGCUAUGUCAGAUGGGGAACAAACAAGGACCCUAACAGUGCCGUUCGAGGUCAAAACUGGCAAGCAUGCCAACAGCAGUCAUAUGGCCCAAACUGCACUUUAUACUCUCCUAUUAUCCGACCGCUAUGAUAUCGAUAUUGCCUAUGGUAUUCUUUAUUACAUGGAAACGUCGAAAACUCUGCGCAUUCCUGCAAUCCAACACGAGCUGCGACACAUGAUUCUCCAAAGAAAUCAACUGGCGUGUUACAUCAGAGAGAGGAGUGUACAGCUGCCGCCGAUGCUGAAGAGUAAGCAUAUGUGCGGGAAGUGUUACGCCAAAACGUCAUGUUUUACUUAUCAUCGCCUUGCCGACGACGGCGAUGGUGAAUCUAGUGGCAUGCAUGAAAAGUUUGACGAGCUUGUCAGACACCUAACACCAACUCAUCAGGAUUUUUUUGUGAAAUGGGAAAAUCUCCUCACAAUGGAAGAAAAGGAAAGCCAGAAGACGAAGCGAGAGCUAUGGACAAUGACGAGCACCGAGCGUGAGAAAAAGUCGAGAUGUUUUUCUGAUGUCAUAAUUGAAGAAGGAUCCGCAUCUGUCGACACUCUUAACCCGCGCAUCAACCGGUUUCAUUACACGUUUGUUAAACGAAACCAUCAACCUAGCUUUUCUUUCCUGGAAUCAGAGUUGAUGACCGGGGAGCCCGUGGUUGUGUCGGAUGAAGAAGGCCAUUUUGCAUUGGCCAUUGGAUACGUUACUUCAGUUCGCAAGCAACGGAUAAGUGUUGCGGUCGAUCGAAGGCUGCACAAUGCCCGAAACCGUCAACUUGGGUUUGAUGAAAUUGAUAAUCAAGUGUUUUCCAGUAUCAUGGAUGUGACACAAGGAAAGUCCCCAGACCAGGAACAAUCCAACAUCAAGCACCCGCCUGUACGAUAUCGACUUGAUCAAGAUGAGUUCAGCAAUGGCAUGGCGACUGUAAGGAACAAUCUUGUACAAAUGAUGGCAAAUGACGUGCCUGCAGCGACUCAAAUACGACGCUUAAUUGUUGAUCUCGCUCCCCCUCGGUUCAAGACGGCCCCAACACAAUACACUGUUACAGACGGAGAAAAUCUCAAUGUUGACCAGAGGCGAGCCAUUGAGAAAGUCAUGAGCACACAAGACUACUCCUUGGUUCUUGGUAUGCCUGGCACCGGCAAGACGACAACAAUCGCACACAUUAUUCGAGCACUUGUAUCGCAAGGCAAGACCGUAUUGCUUACAUCUCAUACCCACACGGCGGUGGACAACAUUUUGUUAAAGCUUAAGACCGACAAGAUUCCGGUGCUGCGUCUUGGGGCACCGGCAAAAGUUCACCUUGAGGUCCAAGAUUUUGCUCAUCUUGCUGGCCAGCCCAGGAAAACCUUUGACGAGAUUAAAGAAGCUUGGCAUGGCACGCCCAUCGUUGCUACUACUUGUUUAGGCAUCAAUCAUCCGGUUUUCCAAGAGCGUUCGUUCGACUACUGCAUUGUAGAUGAAGCAUCACAGAUUACACUCCCCAUCUGCGCCGGACCUAUUCGAAUGGCACGCUCAUUCGUUCUCGUUGGUGACCACAAUCAGCUACCUCCGGUUGUGCGGAAUGAAGACGCACGGGAAGGUGGUCUCGACGUAAGCUUGUUCAAACUACUUUCAGAUGCUCACCCGGAGGCGGUUGUCAAUCUUGAGCACCAAUAUCGAAUGUGCGAGGAUAUUAUGACGCUUAGCAAUACCUUAAUUUAUAACGGGAGGCUGCGAUGUGGGACAGAAUCACUACGAAGGAAGAGACUUCAUAUUCCAAAUAUCAAUGCUCUUGGCCAGGUUCAUUUCAGCGCAUCCUCGUUGACACAUCCAGGAACACCACGAUCGUUCUGUACUGGCCCUGGCCCGUCUCGCUGUUGGCUAUACGAUCUCCUGGAAAGCGAGGCGCGAGUUCGGUUUGUCAACACUGAUACAAUAAGACCUCUGGUUAGAGAGGAGGCUCAAGGAAAGCGAAUUGUGAACUCUACAGAAGUGCGACUCGUAUCGCAAUUGGUAGAAAGCCUUCUCGCAGUUGGAGUACCUGCGUCCGAAGUAGGUGUCAUGACUCAUUACCGAGCCCAGCUGUUCCUUUUGAAAGACCGUCUGAAGGGCUACGCAGGAGUUGAGAUGCACACCACUGAUCGAUUCCAAGGACGAGACAAGGAGGUUGUCGUACUCAGUCUUGUACGGAGCAACGAAGCAUGCAACAUUGGAGACCUGCUUAAAGAUUGGAGGAGAAUUAACGUCGCGUUUACGCGAGCCAAGACAAAGCUUCUGGUUGUAGGAAGCAUGAAUACCUUGAAACACAGUGGAAAGGAGAACAUGCUAAGCAAGUUUAUUUCUUUGAUGGAAGGGCGGGAUUGGAUAUAUAAUCUGCCAGCAGAUGCCCUUGAGAGCCAUUAUUUUGAAGAACUAAGCACACCCAUGACUGCUGGCCCGACACCAAAGUCAAAGUCCCCUAAGAAGACAGUGAAGAAGGGAGUAUUCAGCCUUGAAGGCAAGGAAAAUCGCCGUCCAUCGCCAAAGAAGGCGAGGAUUGGGGAACGGGCGCUUUUGAAAGGAAAACUGGUUACAAGGGACAUCCUUAAUGAAAUGACGAAUGGCGCAUACAUGGGGGUUUAG